UGCAACAAAUAGCAUGGGAAGCUGCACCACGUUUGGAGGAACCUGAGAGGCAAGAUUUCUUGCAGCGUGAAUCAGGGGCAGGACAAAAAACAUCUGUUGGGCAAAAGACAGUUAAAGAAAAAUCAUUGGGACCCAGGCCUAGCAAGUUUGAAUCAAGUACAAUUGGCAAUGAGAUGGACUCAGAAUAUGUUUCCUUAGAAGAUCUGGCUCCUUUGGCAAUUGAUAAGAUUGAAGCCCUCUCAAUGGAAGGUUUGAGAAUACAAUCUGGCAUGUCAGAUCAGGAUGCCCCUUCAAACAUCAGCCCGCAGUCUAUUGGUGAAUUCUCGGCCCUCGAGGGGAAGAGGGUCAACAGUGAUGGGUUUUUGGGCCUUGAGGGAGCUGGUGGAUUGCAAUUGCUGGACAUUGAUGGCAACGGUGAUGAUGUUGAUGGUUUAAUGGGCCUAUCAUUAACCCUUGAUGAAUGGAUGAGGCUGGAUUCUGGUGAUAUUGAUGACGAAGAUCAAAUCAGUGAUCGAACCUCUAAAGUUCUUGCAGCCCAUCAUGCUACUUGCACAGACUUGACUCGUGGAAGGUUGAAGGGAGAAAAAAGACAUGGCAAAGGUUCUGGUAAAAAGUGUGGUCUGUUGGGGAACAACUUCACCGUCGCAUUAAUGGUGCAGCUGCGUGAUCCUUUACGGAACUGUGAGCCAGUUGGUACACCAAUGCUUGCCCUCAUUCAAGUGGAGAGAGUUUUUGUCCCACCAAAACCAAAAAUAUACAGCACAGUCUCAGAAGUAAGGAAGAUUAGCGAAGAAGAGGAUAAGUCUGAGCCUGCCAACAACGAGGACAUAAAGGAGGCACCCAAAGAAGAGAAAAUUUUCGAAGAGGAAGACAUCCCUCAGUUCAAAAUCGCUGAAGUUCAUGUUGCUGGUUUGAAGAAUGAGCCUGGGAAGAAGAAGCUUUGGGGUUCUACUACUCAACAGCAGUCUGGAUCCCGUUGGUUGCUUGCCAAUGGAAUGGGGAAGAAGAACAAGCAUCCACUUAUUAAGUCAAAGCCUGUUGCCAAAUCCUCUUCCCCAGCAACAACUACAGCCCAGCCUGGAGAAACAUUGUGGAGCAUCUCUUCUCGUGUUCAUGGCACGGGGUCUAAAUGGAAGGAAUUGGCUGCACUGAAUCCACAUAUUCGGAACCCAAACAUUAUAUUAUCAAACGAAACUAUCAGGUUACGAUAGCCGAACAAGCCUUUUUACUCAGAAGGAUGAUUUUUAGGAAGCGCUCACUCAGAUAUCCAUCUAAUGGCCAACAGUAGGUAAGGAACUUCUUCAGAUAAUCAUGAACAUAGCAAGACUUGGUCGAUCCACUUUGUGAUGAGUUUGAAUGGUUGCUUGAAGGAUUGAUCCCCAGUCCAGAUGAUAUUUAUCAGUUCUGCCUCUGGUGGUUUCCCUUAUAUUUAUCUCAAACAUGGUCUACCAAAUAACAUGUUUUGAGUAAUAAUAAGGUAGAUGGCAUAGUUUUGCUAUUUAUACUGUCUUCAUUUGUACAUGCAUGUGGUUUGUAAACAUGAUUGAGCAUGGAUGUUCUUGUUUAUUGGAAAGAAUAUUGUG